UACUGGUCGUCUAUUAGAAUUCUAUUAACAUGUUCAUUGGGCUGAUUGAACGCAGGCCCACGUCUGAGUCUUAUAAACAAGUACAUAAGGCUCGCUUCUCAUGAUUCUCAUGAUCUCAUCUCAGUCCUGGCGGCAAACACUUUCAGAUGGCAAAUUGCGGGGUUCGCUUCACGUCAAUAAAAGAGCAUUGCUUUUGACAACAAGCUGUUACGCCGUGUCAUCGGCUCGCUGCCUGCGUUCAUGGUGUUCCUGCAUAGAACAGCAUCAUACUCUACACGGAGCAACUCCUUCAAGCACUUCACCUCGCCAAAUGAUGCGACCAGGGCCUUCUUCAAACAACGCGGUUACUACCCGGAUGGAGACAGUUGCCUGCUUCACCGGAUCCCGUGGGGUCAUCUGGACAGCUUGGGACACUUGAACAAUGCUCAGUACCUCAGUGUCAUCGAGUCGUCACGCAUACACUACUUUGAUGUGCUUGCGCAACGGCACCCGGGUUUCCCACCAUUCUUUCUGGCGCCAAAAGGGAUAUGUCCCGUUUUUCGACAAGCGAAUGUACAAUGGCGGCGUCAGCUCGUACGAAACGAUAUUGUGGGUCAAGUGUUUGGUUAUCCUGCUGACGAUAGGUUGCGGUACAGCACAAACUCACCAAAAUUGGUGCUACAUCGCUAUCGAUGGAAGCAAUCAUGGUGUUGGAGCAAAGCGCUCGAGAUGCAUUUAGCCAGGAACUACCUGAGCAGAAGAUCUUGAGCGAACAAGACAUUGCCCUCAGCUGCGAGGAAACACUUGUCCUGUACGACUUUGACAAUCACUCAAAGGCGGCCAUCCCGACUGGUACAAGU